AUGACUCUCCGUUUCUCUCCCACUGUGAUGAGAAGGACCAUCAGUGUACACUCCACCUCUCGCCGUCUAUACUCUUCUUCCUCUUCUUCAUUGGGAGGAAAAAGAGAUCAUGUCAUUUCUGCUACGGAACUCCGAGCCGCCCUUCAUGUCUUUUCUCUUUCCGAUGAUGCCACGGACGCCGAUAUUAAAAGCCGAUUUCAGCAACUCGCGAAGAGUAGUCAUCCUGAUGUCCUCCAGGGCAAUAAUAAUAAUAAUAAUAAUAAUAAUAAUAAUAAUAAUAAGAAUGGGGUUGAUAGUGCUGCUGCGGAGCGGAUGCGGGAGGGAAUGGAGGCGUAUCGACUGUUGCGUUCAUACACCGCAGAGGAGCGAGAAAUGAUUUUGCGAACAUCACCCAACAACAAUAAUAAUAAUAAUAAUAUGGAUAUCAGACUAAAGCGGGCGGAGCAAAUUUAUCGUGGUCGUCCACGUACAACUAGUACAGUCUCUGAUAGGAAUAGUAACUAUGAUAAGAGCAGGAGUAGUACGGCGGAAUUCAAUAACUUCCAGAGACGCAGAGAAAAGAUGAGAGAAAAUGCACCGCCGUGGAAUAUCAAUGAAGCUGCCACUAUAUCACGGGCACAGUCACUUCACUUUAUGUUCCAUACACCCCAUAGGAAUACGAAUAAUAAUAAUAAUAAUAAUAAUAAUAAUAUUAAUGAUAAUAAUAUUAAUGAUAAUAAUAGGCGAAGUUCAUCUUAUUACCAUAAGGUAGAUUUAUCUUUCUGUGGUGCUUUUCCUGAUGAAAUGAGGGAGGCGAAGUACACUCGAAUGCGUCGACAUCAUGAGACUAUUUCUAUACGGGAUGCUAUUACUGCUGUGGUUGCGAGAUAUCAAAUCACAUUAGGUGUUUGUCUUGUUAUUAUUACUGCUGUUAUUAUCAUAGUAUAUACUACGGUAUCAGGGCAGCAGCGUAAAGAGUAUUUAGUGCUACCGCCAGUGGGUGAUGGGGUUUCUCAUAAACAACAACAACAACAACGAUAA